AUGGUUCAAGAGAAUAGAGAUGAUGGGGCAAGAACUGGAUCCGAUGCUUGCAUGUGCCAAUGCUGUGUUAAGAGUCGGGCUAAUAAGAGGACUGGUGGCUCUGGAAGAUCUGGUGCUGUGAGGAGACGUCAUAGAGAUUACAGGGCUAAUUUUUUAAAGAAUAUGAACUUUAAAGGUACUAAUUAUGAUGUUGUCACAUCAGUGGAAUAUCUUAAUGCUAAAUAUGGACUUAAAAAAAGUAGUUAUAUCGAAAAGUUCAUUCGUUGUAUUCAUAAAAAAAUUGAUUUAGAUGUAAGGAAAAUAACUGACGAAUAUGUAGAAAAAUUGAAUCCAUGGGUAAAAGUCAAAUUAUUUCUUUUAUUGGUCACAUUAUCUCAAAGGGGUGGACCAGAAUACUGGUUGGAAAAAUCAGAUCAAUUGAAACUUGGUGAAGAAGAGGUAGAUGAUGGAAAAGAGCAUGCCGAUGAUGAUGAUGAAGAAGAAGAAGAAGAAGAAGAAGAAGAAGAAGAGGAAGAAGAAGAGGAAACUGAAGAAACGAAUCAAUCCAAGACUAAACCCACCGAUGGUAUUCCGAUUCAAAUUGAUACAAUAUCCGAUACAAUUGCCAAAGAUUUAAAAGAAAAAAUCAAAGAUAAUAAAGAUACAUUCAUGACAUUGACAGAACAUAUCAUGAGACAAAAUAUAAAACAAGACUUUACCGAAAGUACCUAUGAUGAAAACUAUGUUUUUUCGUCUAUUUGGGCAAAUUUUAUGGAAGGUUUAAUAAAUCAUUAUUUAGAAAAAAUAAUCAUCCCAAGGUCAGAAAUGAAAGUUUGUCAACAAUUGUACAAACCAAUGAUGAAGAUUAUAUCCCUUUACAAUGAAUACAAUGAGCUAAUUGAAAAAAGUGAACGAAAUGGAUUUCUGCCAAUGAAUUCAUCAUCAGAUGAACAGAUUGAAAUGGGUUCUAGUCCAUUGUUAGAAGUCGAUCACGACGAUACAGUUACCAAGGAAAGGUUACAGAAGGCACAAAAGUUACUAUGGCAAGCUCGUCAAGAUAUUCCAAAGACUAUUAGUAAAGAGUUAACCCUUUUAUCCGAGAUGUAUUCUACAUUGUCUGCAGAUGAACAAGAUUUUGAACUUGAUGAAUUUGUUGGAUGCGCAGAAGAAUAUAUCGAGUUAGAGUUUUUACCGGGCCUAAUUGAUUUAUUGUUCAUGAAUUGUGGCUCAAAUAAGUUUUGGAAAAUUAUGAUUGUCUUAGAACCUUUCUUCUACUAUAUUGAAGAUGUGGAAGAUGAUGAUUAUGAAGACGAAUCUCAAAAUAUAGAUGAAGUUAUGUAUGAUGAUGCAAGACAACCAUUUAAACCUGAUCCGAGAGUUAUCACUUUAGAGAAGAUUUGUGAAGUAGCCGCAAGGCAGAAAUGGAUAUGA